AUGUAUUCCCUGCAGUAUGUCUGCAAGAUUCGCCAUAGGUUUGAUGCUUGUGCCACUCUGUGUGAUGGCAAACUCUAUGACAACCGCUGGUCCUGUUGUGGAGUAAACUGUUAUUAUUUUACGACUGAAAAUAAAGACUGGAGGGGAUGUAAACAGACUUGCGAAAGUUACAAUUUAUCUCUUUUGAAGAUAGAUGAUGAAGAUGAACUGGCCUUUGUUCAACCCCAGACUUAUAGAGAUAGCUACUGGAUUGGAUUAUCAUACAAUGCAAAGGAAAGUAAGUGGAAAUGGAUUGACAAUGGCACAUUUUCUGGAACUAAUUUGAAAAUAAUCAGUUUGCAUUCCGGGAUUAAAGGAUGUGCAUUUUUAACCGCAACAAAAAUA